UGUAAAUCUUGGAUAUAUUCAUAAUUUUUGCUAUAAUUUAAAUAUAAUUAAAGAAACAUUUAGGCUAAAGCGACAACAUGUAAAGAAGCUAUUCAAAGGUGGGAGGAAAGAACAGGACUCGUGGCGAGCGAACAAAAAGAGAUAAUUUUAUCUUUUCAAUGGCCUCCAAUCGAAAAGUUGGACAACAGUCUAGCGGCAUUGACCAAUGUCGAGUUUGUUAUCCUUUCCUGAAAUUACAAAGGAUCUUUAUAUGGAUCUUUUUUUUGAAAAUUAAUGAAUUAAUUUUCUGAAAAUAUUUUUAGAAAAUUGUCCUUAUCGACGAAUAUGAUUGAGAAAAUAAGCGGUAUUAGUACAUUGAAGUAUUUGAAGAUCUUGUCGCUAAGCAGAAAUAACAUUAAAACGUUCUCGGGACUAGAAGCAAUUGGAGAUCACUUGGAAGAAUUAUGGAUAUCUUACAACUUAAUCGAGAAGAUAAAGGGCGUUAGUGCACUCAAAGCGCUCAAGGUUCUGUACAUGGGUAACAAUUUAGUGAAAGAUUGGGCGGAAUUUAAUCGUUUGCAGGAGAUACCCAAUCUCCAAGAGCUGUUGUUCAUCAACAAUCCUAUAUGCGAGAAUAUGGAGACGGAAUCAUGGCGUAUGCAAGUUAUAAGACGAUUACCUGACUUGAAGAAACUCGACGCGAUACCGAUCGUGCACACAAUAGAUACAGGCGAAUGAAAGGCAGAACAUUUGGC